AUGGAAUUUCUCGUGACGUCACUUCCGUAUGUAGUUCUACUGUCGACUACAACAUGGAUAUUCCGUGUUUCCCUUACCAAUCCUUCAACUCUCUACAUUCCAUAUGCAUACGACGGAAGCGAACCUCUGUACCAGUUUGACAAAAACGUCAUUGAGCAGAUCGCCUACGAUCCAAGUGACAAACUUGUAUACUCUUUUGGUGGAUCCUCGGUGAACGUUAUUGACAUAUGGGAGCCGGAGAAUAUGAUCAUUCUUCAUCACUUCACGCUGGACAAUGUGGAUCUGACAGACGUAGAGACGUGUGGACGACAUGUCCUCAUUUCUUACCAAAAUCUCACUGACAGGGAGUCUGGGCACGUGCUUGUGUAUGAAAAAUAUAAUAAAGCAGAAAACAAAAUGAAUUUAAUACACGACAUUACAGUGGGUUCCUUGCCGGACAUGCUCCUCGCCACACAUGACUGCCGCCGUAUUGUAGUUGCCUUAGAAGGAGAAGCCUAUGUAUCCGGAGGAGCCGUGAUCGACCCUCCUGGAGGAGUCGGUAUAAUCUCCUUCCCAGGUGGAUUUGGGAAAGGCGAAUACUUCCACUACACUGAACUGGAUUUCUCAAUGUUCAAUAACAGAGUGGCCGACCUGGAGAAAACGGGAGUACGGUUUGUCUAUCGAGAAAAUAACAACUUGUUUUCCAACGACGUCGAACCAGAAUACGUGACCAUCAACAAGGACAGCACGACGGCGUAUAUAACACUUCAGGAAAAUAACGCCAGCGUGGUGGAUUUGACACAGAUGAAAAUAACGGCUAUUCAUGGAUUGGGAUUCAAAAACUGGAGAGGUUCAUGCCUGGAUCCUAGCGACAAAGAUGGCGGAAUCAAGUUGGCUCCCUGGCCCAUAUUUGGGAUGUAUUUACCAGACGCCAUUAACCUGUCACGGAAAGGCGUGGACUAUCUUGUGACAGCCAAUGAGGGUGAUUCUAAGGACUAUGACGAUGUCUGGACAGAAGAGAGAAGAGGUCACGAUUUCACAGAUGCAAUGCUUUCUCCAGCAGUUGAUUGCUGUCUUAGAUCAGCCCUGAAGAAUGACUCCCAGCUGGGCAGACUGAAAUUCACGGAUGCUACAGGAACAAACUCAGCUGGGAAGUUUGACGCCCUCUACACAUUCGGAGGUCGGAGUUUCUCCAUCUUGCGGGCCGACACCAUGGAAAGAAUUUACGACAGCGGCGACGACAUCGAACUGACGAUAAUGGAACUCAGACCAGAAAUAUUCAACAGCAAAUCUGAGAUGUCUAAGACCCCUUUCGAAACCAGGGAUUCACGGUCACCGUCAAAGGGACCAGAACCUGAAUCGGUGACGUAUGGAGUGGUAGAUGAUCAUCUACUUCUGUUCAUCGGCAGCGAGCGACCUGGAUUUAUAUCAGUCUACUCAGUUGCAGACGACAUCACCAAGCCUCGCUUUGAGUUUCUCUAUGACGGCAUCAGUGACGUUGACAUGACGUUUCAACAACUGUACGACCAGAGGAAGUUGAAUGCGUUAGAUCCUGAAGACAUAAGAUUUAUUGACGGACCAUCAAGUCCAACAGGAAAGCCCAUUUUGCUGAUUACAGGAGCGAAAAGCGGCUCUUUUACCAUAGUAAACGUGGAUGUGUCUGCCAGCGCACCGACUCCAGUCCCCACUCCGAGAACAUAUUGCUGUUGUGGCCAACACAGGCACGGGUGGGAUACCAAGCGAGGAUAUGGUGAUGCUGCUGAUCAUGACGUCAACAGCAACAGUCGAGACUGA